ACACUCCCAAGGGCGAGGGAGGGUUCGAUCUCUCGCGCCUAGUUUCCCGGUCUCUCCUAGACCUUGGGUGUCUGGGUUGUUCUCAGCAAACGGUGAGGGUGGCAGAGCUUCAGGAAGCUUUCUGGCGGAUUUCCUUCAGUAAGAGGUGGCUUUUGAAACUGCAGAUACGAGUGUGGUGUGUGAUUUAAAGGCACGAUGGCGGCGAAAGUGUUCCCUAUGCCCCCAAAGCCAAAGCAGUCUUUUAUACUGAGAGUUCCUCCAAACUCCAAGCUAGGCCAAGACCUACUUCGAGAUGCUAGUAAUGGGCCCAAGACCAUCCACCAGCUGGUUCUGGAGCACUUCCUCACCUUUUUGCCCAAGCCAGGACUAGCCCAGCCCAGUCAGAAAAUCAAAGAGACCUUGGUUAUUAUGAAGGAUGUGAGCUCAGACUUUCAGAACCGAGUGCAACCUCUUCCCUUAGUGAAGCUGCUGACCAGAGAAGGAAUCCGGCAGAAACAGGAGACAGUAUCUCUGUGUUUGAAAUCUGAGCCUAAGGAGCUGAUGGUCUUUGAGGAUUUGAAUAUAUUUUACUCCCAAGAAGAAUGUGUGAGCCUGGGUCCUACUCAACAGCCCACCUCAGAGAAGGAAGAAGACAAUGUUGGGGAGAUGAUGUUAAUGGUUAAUGAUGACGAUAAUCCUGAGAAUGAAGAUCAUAGAGAAAAGUCUUCAGAUUGUGAUGAAAUUGAUUAUUCCAUGGUCUCUGAGCAACCUCCAGAUUGCCAUAAAGAAAAAAGACUAAAUACAUCUAUUCCAGCUGAAAGGAAAAUGAGAAAUCUUUUAGUUACCAUUGAAAAUGAUACUCCACUAGAGGAGCUCUCAAAAUUUGUGGAUAUCAAUAUUAUUGAACUUACCCGAAAUCGGAGAACAAGAAGAUGGUACACUUGUCCACUGUGUGGGAAACAGUUUAAUGAGAGUUCUUACCUUAUUUCCCACCAGAGGACUCACACUGGAGAAAAACCCUAUGACUGUAGUCACUGUGGGAAAAGCUUCAAUCAUAAAACCAACCUUAAUAAACAUGAGCGUAUCCAUACAGGAGAGAAACCUUAUUCCUGUUCAAAGUGUGGGAAAAAUUUUCGUCAAAAUUCUCAUCGUAGUCGCCAUGAAGGAAUCCAUAUAAGGAAUAAUGUAUUUAAGUGUCCGGAAUGUGGGAAAACCUUCCCAGAGAACAAAGAAUUUGUGCUUCAUCUGCAAAGUCACGUGGCUGAGAGGCCAUACAGUUGCAAAAAAUGUGGGAGAAGAUUUGGUCGGCUGUCAAACUGCACUCGCCAUGAAAAAACCCACUCAGCAUGUAAGACGCAAAAGCAGAAGUAGGAUCGGGAAAGGUCAUGUGGUCCUGUCUCAACUUGAAAUGGUUCAUAAGGAAUUCUGAAUUUUUGGGCUGUCUGAAAAAAAAACAGAUAUGUGAAAACUUCAUAAUAGCCCAAAUUGGAUAAAUAUGCAUCUUGCCUGAAGCCUCAGAUUUUUAGGAAAUUCACAGGGAAGAAAAUAUCCUCAAAGUCUAUACCUCAGUUAGCAUCCAGGCUUUUUGGACUAAGGAGCUUGCCUUUGUGAACUUAUACAGCAAUGUACAUACAGGUCACAGAUCCUUUUCCCACCACAUAGGGAUUCACGCUUGAGAAAAGAUGAAUAGUGGAAAGUGUUUUUCUGGACUGGUAUGUUCCUGGAAGACCCAGACUACUGAUUUGUUAAACCAAUAGCUUCUAUUAAUGUGUUAACCCUCUUAAGAAUACCCUGUUAAAAGCUUGAGUUUUGAAAGGGAUUGUUUGCUUUGGAAUAUAGGAAAAUAUACUAAUUGAAUAUCAAAGGCUUACUCUGUCAUUUAUAAUCUAAACUAUCAAUUUCAGUAACAUUUGCAACUUGUGAAAAGUGACUUACAAAAAUCCUUUUCACAACAUAAUUUUAAAAUGUCUACAUUCUUACUAUGCCUUGUUCAGCUAGUAAUUGCUUAAACAGCUCUCUGAUGCCUUUCCCUUGCCACAAAAGAAGUUUAGAUUGCUCAGGUCCAGCCACCCAACCCCACUACUGAAAAAGCUCUUGAGAAUCUUGUCCCUCUGCUGAGCCAAGACUUACUAGGAAGAAAACUCCAAGAGCCACAAAAGGAGGAAGAGCACAUUGGCUUGGAACCAGAGUUGCUCAAUAUCUUGACCAUAAGCUUAAUUCCUCUCUAAGCGCAGUUUUUAGACCUUUGGCAAUAGGUGGUCGCUACCUCACAAGCAAAGUUUUAUUUUUAGAAAUUGUUUCCAGUGACUAGCUCACAUAGCCCCUCAAGAAACAGGAUCCCAGUGUCUUCAUUGUAGUAGAUAUUUGUUCUCUUUGGCCUCCUGAUAAUCUAGACUUUCCUGACCUGUCUUUCUUUGACCUUGACUCUCCCAGAGUCAAGGUCAGUGGUAUCUUCCUGGGACCAAUUCUGUGGUAUGUGAGUUUAAGGAUUGUUGAUCAGUUUUAUACUUUCUAGGUUUCCCAAGUUUUUACAUUGGUAUUUUGAUUGGAAUAAGUUGGCCCUCUAAACUAUUUGAAUAAAAACUUGUUAACUUUAUAAAUUUUGUCUCCCAUUCAGAACUAUAUCUUUUCAUUUAUUAAUUCCUGAGUAAAUUCUUCUCAUUUUUUAUUGUAAAUAGUUUUUAUUAUAUUUUUAUAAUUAUUGCUAUUAUAUAGGAAAGUUAUUUUAAUUAUGUAUUUGUGAAA